GCUCAUUCCCCAGUCGGAGUUCCCAGGGUUGAUGGAGCUGCGCGCCAAGCUCCUGGACUAUGUUGCCGAUCUUGCAGGGGUGCUCUCAGUCAAGCGCUUUGAGAGCAUGGCGGCGCGCUUCUUUGUGGAGCUGGACACGAGGGCAAUGGAGCAGCCGAUGCGGCUGGAGGGGCUGUCAGCCACGGGCAGCCUGCGCGUGGUGCCGGUGGUGGACGUGUUUGCGCGCGGCAGUGAGCGGUCGCUGGCCAUGGAGUUCAGCGUGCGGCGCUACGACGCCACCUCCAACCGCAACGAGCUGCUCAGCGUCGUGCACGGCAUGCGCUUCCUCCGCCUUGACAUGUCCACGCCAGCCGCAGUCAUGGCGUCCCGCAACUUCCUUCUCAAGGCAAACCCUCUCAGCCGCGCCCCCUCCAAGAAGAAAACCGAGCUGCAGCACACACUCUGCGCCAUGCUCACCUCCAUCCUCGCGCCCCUCACUGAAAACCCGCGCUCCCGCUGGCCCCCACUCAAGCACUUGAUGGGCGGUGCCGGGGGCGGGGGAGUGGGGGGAGUGGGGCCUGCUGGCUCGGCUGCGGCUGCGGAUGCUCUGACUGCGUGGAACUCCGCGGUGCUGCAUUUGAGGGGGCAGCUGUCGGGGUGGGUGGCGCCGCAGUCGACGCUGUCGCUGCAGAUGGACAAGCAGUCGAGGCACAUCCAGGUGGCGUAUCCCCUGAACACGCUGUUGCUGUGCUUGGGCGAUCAGCACUCCUUCGACUCCCUCUUCAAUAGCUUCGUCGAGAUGCUCUACAAACACCUCAGGGAGAAGAGCUACCGUGCAGUGGCGCUGGACUGCCUGCACCGCCUCGUGCACUUCUACCUCAGCGUGUAUGCUGAUGGCCAGCCCAAGAGCCGCGUCUGGGAGAAACUCGAGGGCAUAACGAAGCAGCUGAUGACGAGUCUGAAGAAGGGAGUGCUGUCGCAGGACAUGCAGCACGACCGCCUCGUGGACCUGUGCGUCACCGUGGCCGCCACAGACCUCGAGUUCGCCAUGAACCACAUGGUCAUCGAGCUGCUGCGCACUGACGGGCUGGGGGAGGCCAAGGUGGUGGGACUGCGUGCGCUGCUGGCAGUGGUGGAGAACGCCCUGCACCAGUCCAACGCAGCCACCCUCAUGGCCCCCGACCGCAAGUCCUCCGCUCUAGCCGGCUCUGCCAAACCCCUUGGCACCACCCGCCAAGCCCCCCACGUUCCCUUCUUCGGGGGACCAGGGGGAGGAGGAGGAGGAGGAGGGGGGCUCCCCCCUGGGCUGCCCGCCCCCCAGAUGUCUCAGCAGCAGCAGAUGCUCAUGCAGCAGCAGAAGCAGCAGCAACUGCAGAAGCAGCAGGGAGCAGGGGCGGCGGGGCAUGCGGCGCAUCUGAGUUCACGGUUUGGGUCGGUGGAUUAUGGGAGGUUGGGUGUGGGGCCGGCGGAGACGGCGGUGAUGGCGCCGCACAUGCCUCGUGUGCGCGCUGCGCUGGGGGCGAUCAUCAAGCAGUGCCAUGCCGCGUUUGGGUCGCUGCUGCUCAUCACGCCCAAGACCACCAUUGACAUGAUGUCCAAGGACAAGGUGCAGAGCUGGCAGGUGUUCAAGUGGGCACUACGCUGCAUGCCGCACCUGAUCCCGGAGCAGUGGCGCAACGACAAGAUGACCGAGAUCAUCCCCGUCUAUGCCAUCUCCAUCGACCCCCACGUGCGCGACGAGGCCGUGCAGGUGCUCUUCCGCACCGUGCGCGACCUGCCGCAGUGCCGCUUCCCCAUCCUCCGCGGCAUGGCCAACUUCAUUCUGAAAAUCCCCGAUGAGUACCCGCACCUCAUCCACUCCUCUCUCGUCUGCCUCGUCCAGUUACUCAACGCCUGGCGGAUUUGCCUCGCGUAUGAAGCCUCCUCCUCUGCGGCGGCUUCUGGGCAUGGACCCGGGGGUCCUCUUGCUGGUGCGGGGGCCGGGGGAGGAGCGGCAGGAGGGCCUGGAGGCGCGGAUUUGCUCGCGCGCACCCGGCAGGUUCUCGCGGCGCACGGGGGGGACGACGGGCUGAGGUUUGACCCGUCGGGGAUGGACGCAGUGGGGCUGAUUUUCCUGUGCUCGGCGGAUAAUAAGAUCCGGAGGACGGCCCUGGAGCUGCUGCGGAACGUGCGGGCUCUGCAGCGCGACUUGGCGCGGCUGUUUGCGGCGGGCGGCGAGCAGCAGGUGGAGGAGGAUCCGCCCACCACGUAUAUCAUCGACAUCAUGGAGGAGACUGGGGAGGAGGUGGUGAGCAAGUGCUACUGGGACAGCGGCAAGUGGCACGAGCUGCAGCCGGAGAGUGAUGCAGAGGCGCUGCAGGAUGUGACGCUGCAGCACAUCCUGGAGGGCUCCGACCAGGCGCGCUGGGGGCGCUGCCUCAGCGAGCUCGUCAAGUACUGCGCCGAGCUCUGCCCCUCCUCCGUGCAGGGCGCCAGGCUGGAAGUGGUGGCGCGAAUGACCCCACUCUCCCCCGCCGACUCCUCCGCAAAGGCGGGGGCGGGGGGAGACGGAGACACGAAGCUCGAGCAGUGGCAGCUAUACGCCAUGUUUGCGUGUGCGUGCCCACCAGAGGACGCCCCUGACGGGGGAGAGCAGAGCAUCAAGGAGCUUGUGCGCCUCGUGCUGCCCAUGGCCCGCUCAGGGGCAGAAUCCUCUGUGUACGCGGCGACGGUGGCGCUGGGGCAUGCGCAUGCGGGCAUCUGUGAGGCGAUGCUGACGGAGCUCAUGAUGUGGGUGGAGGAGCUGCUGGCGGAGAUAGAGCAGCGCAAGUGGAAGAACCAGAAGGUGCGCAAGGAGGACAUGCGCGUGUUCAUGGCGCAGGUCUACCGCCUGGUGGCCGAGAACCUCUGGCCAGGCGUGCUCCCGCAGCGCCCGUGGCUGCGGCAGCUCUUCCUCAAGUUCAUGGACAGCACCGCACAGCACGUGUCCAAGGAGACCGGCGACGCGUUUCUGGACGCGCAGCCGCUGCGCUUCGCGCUCUGCUCGGUGGUCCGCUGCCUGUCCAUCGAGCUCAACGGGUGCGCGUCGAAGCGGUUCGACAUAAAGCUACGCCGGCAGCUGUUUGAUCUGAUGGCGUCGUGGUGCGAUGAGGCGGGCGGGCUGGAGAGCAUGACGAGCGAGUUCCGGCGGGAGGUGGAGCGGACGAAAGCGGCGGCCAUGGCGCGGACAAAGGACGCGGCGGAGAGAUCGGCCGUGGAGAAGGAGCUCAACGAGCAGGCGGAUGCCAUUCAUGGCAUGGCGAUGCAGGCGCUAGCAGCGCUGCUGCACGGGCCGUGCUUCGACGAGGGCCUGAGGAAGAUGUCUGGCAAGGCAGUCACAUGGAUCCGCUCCCUCAUGGAGUCCGCUGCAGGCACCGGCCAGGCAGCAGCAGGCAUGGGCGGCAUGGGCAUGGGCAUGGGAAUGGGGAUGAUGGGCAUGGGCAUGGGGAUGGGUAUGAUGGGCAUGGGCAUGGGCAUGGGUGGGUCGCCUCGGGAUGUGUUUAACAGGAGGAAGGGCGGGGAGGGCGGGCAUGGGAAGGGCGUGGGCAACAGGGAGUGGCGGAGCUUGUUUGGGUCGCCGUCAUGGCGGUCCAUGCUGGGGAGAGAGGCGCUGCUGAAUCUUCUCAAGACCAACCCUGACAUCGUGCCUGCUAUCAUCGACCAGUGCUACAACUCGGAUUCGGAGCUGGCAAACGGGUACUUCACAGUGCUAGCAGAGGUGUACAUGCGCGAGGAGUGCCCACAGUGCGAGCUGCACCGCCUGCUCUCCCUCAUCCUCUACAAGGUGGUGGACCCGUGUCGGAGCAUAAGGGACGACGCCCUGCAGAUGCUGGAGACCAUGUCCAUGCGCGACUGGGCCGACUACACCUCCUCCUACUCCUCCUCCGCCGGCCGCUACCGUGCCGCCGUGGUGGGGUCGCUGCCUGACAGCUACCAGCAGUUCCAGUUCCAGCUGUCGGCGAAACUGGCGCACGAGCACCCCGAGAUGAGCGAGCUCCUGUGCGAGGAGAUCAUGCAGCGCCAGCUCGAUGCGGUUAACAUCAUUGCUCAGCACCAGGUGCUGACGUGCAUGGCGCCGUGGAUCGAGAACCUCAACUUUGCCGCGCUGUGGGACAGCGGGUGGAGCGAGCGGCUGCUCAAGUCGCUGUACUACGUCACGUGGCGCCACGGCGACCAGUUCCCUGACGAGAUUGAGAAGCUGUGGUCCACCGUGGCUGCCAAGCGGAGGAACAUCAUCCCCGUUAUCAACUUCCUCAUCUCCAAGGGGUUGGAGGACUGUGACAGUGCAGGAGGGGAGAUCACGGGAGCACUGGAGACAUACUUCAGUGUGGCCAAGCGCAUCAGCCUCUACCUCGCUCGCAUCUCCCCCCAGCAGACCAUUGACCACCUCGUGUACGAGCUCUCACAGCGCAUGUCAGAGGAGGAUGCAGUGGAUGUCUCCUCCUCGGCUGACCAAUGGCAGGAGGACAUGUCAGAGAUCCUCAGAUUCUCCCACGGUUGCAAACUGACUGACACAUCAGCAGCGGCGCUAGCAGCAGGAGCAUCCCCUCUCCCGCCCCUUCCCGGCCAAGUAGCCUCGGCACACGUGCACCACCAGCACCACCACCGCGCCACCACCACCACUGCCUUUGGCACUGUGCGCUCGCCCUUUGGCUCCUCCACUACCUCUGCCUCUCCCGCUUCUUCUGACUUCCUCCGCUCCUCGCUCUCCUCCGCCUCCUCCUCUGCUGCUUCGACUCUGCGCUCCAACAGCAUGCGCAUGAACCGCUCUCCCUUUGACACCCUCGGCACAUUCACAAUGGACUUCCCCAUCGCGCCGCUCCUCGAAACCACCCCCUCCGCGCCCCCAGCAGCCCCCGCCUCCACCUCCAAGCCCUCCAACCCGGUCCCCAACGCCAUGCUCAUGCUCCCGCACGUCUGGCUCACACGCGCUGACUUCGCCCUCAUCCUCCUAGCUGAAAUCGCGUACGAGAACGACGAGGAUUUCCGAGGGCACCUGCCGCUGCUGUUCCACGUGACGUUUGUGCUGAUGGACUCGAGCGAGGUGGUGGUGCUGGAGCAUGCGCAGCAGCUGCUGGUCAACCUGCUGUACACACUCGCAGGGCGGCAUCUGGAGCUGUAUGACGCGCGGGACCAAAGCGAGGGCGAGUACAAGCAACAGGUGGUGAGUCUGAUAAAGUACGUGCAGUCGAAGAAGGGCAGUCUCAUGUGGCCCAACGAGGACAUCUCCCUCACGCACACGUCCAUCCCCUCCGCCACACUGCUCACCUCCCUCGUGCAUUCAGUCGUCGACGCCAUCUUCUUCCAGAGCGACCUGCGCACGCGCUGGGGAGAGGAGGCCCUCAAAUGGCUCCUCGACAGCGCCUCCCGCCACGCUGCCGCCCGCUCGCACCAGAUGUUCCGCGCUCUCCGCCCGCACGUCACCUCUGAUACCUGCCUGCUGCUGCUGCGCUCGCUUCAGCGCUGCUUCUCCAACCCGUCCCCGCCGAUCCUCGGGUUUGUCAUGGAGAUUCUGCUCACGAUGCAGGUGGUGGUGAAUUCCAUGGAGCCCGAGAAAAUGAUUCUCUACCCGCAUGUCUUCUGGGGGUGCAUCGCGCUGCUUCACACAGACUACGUACACGUGUACACGCACGCGUUGGAGCUCUUUGGAAGCGUCAUUGACCGGCUGUCGCUGCAUGACCAGACAACCGAGAACAUUCUCCUCUCCGCCAUGCCGCUCCUCCAGGCGCAUUCGGGGCGGGGCGGGAGGGGAGGAGCAGGGAGCGGGAAGGACGAGGAGGGUGGGGGAGGGCAGGCGCAGCAGGGUGGCGGGCAAGCGCAAGCUUUAUCGCAGCAGCAGCAGGAGGUGGUAUCAGGGCUGCAGUUCCAGAAAGUCCAGCGCCUUGUGCUGAAAGGGCUACUCUCGGGAGUGUCCCACGGGGUGGCCAUCGACGUCCUUUCCAAGAUCACCAUGCGCUCGUGCGAUCGGAUUUUCGGCGACGGGAACACGAGGCUGCUGGUGCAUGUGGUGGGGCUGCUGCCGUGGCUGUGCGUGCAGUUGCAGUACGGGGCGGAUGCUGCUAUGGGCCUGCUGGUGCUGUCGUCGCCGCUGCAGCAGCGCCUGGAUAAGGCGAGGGCGGUCGCGAUGAAGAUUGCCAAGUGGUGUGUGCAGUGCGACCUGCAGGCCCUAGCCGAUGUGUUCUUCUCAUACGCCAACGCCGUAACCCUCACAGUCGACGAGCUUCUCGAGAGCGUGGCGCCGCCCAUCUGCGCGCAGUGGUUCCCAGACCACACGCUCUUAGCCCUAGGCCACCUGCUGGCCAUGCUGGAAAAAGGCCCCAUGGAAUACCACCAGAUGGUUCUUCUCAUCCUGCAAGCUCUCCUCCGCCGCACAUCCCUGGACGCUACACAGAGCCCCCUGCUGUAUGCGUCUGUCUCACGCUUGCUGGACAGCGGGCACUGCCGGGAGGAGGCGUUGGGGGUGCUGGAGGCGAUUUUGGAUAGCUGCGCUGCCACGAUCCAUCGCCCUGCCGGUUCGGUUUCUGCUGCUGCGGCUGCUGCUGCGGCCGCAGCGGCGGCAGCUGCGGCGGCAGCGGGGGGGGAUUAUUCGCCGGGGUUUUCGGCAGAGUUGCUGCCGUCGCCGGACCUGGCGCUGAGGCUGACGCAGGAGGCGUUGGCUCGGGUGUUGGACUCGUAUGGAGGGGGCCGGCGCACUGGCAAGGAGGCUAAGCGGUUGGUGCCGUUUGUUGACGCGGGAGCUGGGGCUGGAGGGUCCACUGGGGGUGGGGGAGGGAGCGGUAUGCAUAGUGGCAGAAGGGAUUAG